GAAAAUCUGCUAGGAGAUGAGGAUGUGGGUGGUGCAGCAGAUCUAAAGACCAAGCAACAUAGAAAGAUGUUUAUCUAAGUUGCAAAAGACCUUAGAGAUCACCCUGUUCCAUCUUCCACCCAAAUCCAUAACCCUUUUAUGGAUGGAAUAAAGGCUGCUUGUAUUGUUCGAACAUCGAUAUUCAUCUAACAUACCAAAUAUAUACUGAGAAUUGAGGAAAGUCCUCUGAAAAUAAAUUUUUCAACAGGGAAAAAACAUGAAGAAGAAAAAACAUGAUGCCACUGUUUGUGAACCUGAAGAACUCCUGAAUCCCUCUCCGAAAGUAACAAAUUGUUGCAAAUCACCGUGGGUGAAGUACAGUUUUCAGAAGGCAUACAUGACCCGACUUGUCAGCUCCCAGCAAGUUUCAGCCAUGUCAAGGAACCCAGAUCACAAUCCACCUUCUCAGCCCAAGGAGAAUAGCAUUAGCCAGAACCAUCACCAGGAGGAAGUAAUCCACAAGAUGGCCAUGCAGCUGAGAAACGUUGGAGACAGCAUUGAUCAUAGGAUGGUUCAAGAGGAUCUUCAGCAGGACGGCAGAGACGCACUGGCUCAUUUUGUCUUAGUUUUCUUUGGAGGAGUUCACACGUUGCUGCGCUUUCUCUGGAAUAACCAUUUGAUGUAGAAGGAACGUAAAUGUCAAGUUCUUCUUUCCUUCUACUGUCUGAGAAAAUGUGAAUCCCCCCAGGACAGAUGGGAAGAAGACCCUUCUCCCUCCCCCUCUCAUUUUUACCCAUCACUGUUGGUUUAUUCCUGAUUUGUUGGAGAACUGUGGACUCACUGGCAAUUUGUCCGUUCAGAACUACCAACUCUGAGAUGUCUGUGACUGCCUCACGGUAGAGCCCAGGGAAUACUUAGGAACCCAGGAGGCCUUGCCAUGUAGGAAACACCAGCACUGUGGGUGGUCCCAGUGCUCCUUGUAAGGAAACUUUGCACAUCUCCUUCCAUGAGAGAAAUUGAACCUCAUCCUCAAACAGGAGGUCACAGAAAUGGGCGCUUGCUCCUGGGCCCCUCCCUGAGGACCAGGCUCUCCAGUGACCUGUUGGCCCCGUCUUGUUGCCCAGGUCCAGAUCUGCAGUGCCUGGUCUUCCCCUUCACCUUUCUGGCUACCUCGAAGUCCCUUUCGCCCCUUUUAGAAGUAUUACAAGUAUUAAGAAAGUUUAUUGUUAUAAAUUAUAAGUUUUAUAUAUGCGUUUUGAGUUCUUUGUAGGAAAAGUGUUAUUUAAAAAAUGAAAUAAAUUUUGUUAUUUUAUUGAGCAUGAAACACCUGUGCAUAUUUCUUCUGCGAGGGAGGGAUUUCAUUUAUUCCUGCUCAUAUGGGUUCAUAAUUCUGUAGACUUUGAUCAUAUGUAACAUCAUCUUUGUCCUUCCAAAUGGAAAUGUCUAUUUUUUCAGUCUGUCUCAGGCAAUGCCUUUGUUUCCAUCAUCACCUAGGUUUUGGGUUGCUGGCAUGGAACAGGUCCUAAAACUUCCUUCUUAUUUGUUUAUUUUAUUUUUUUGAAUAGGUAUUUAUUCACAUAGUUCAAAAAUCAAAACACUAUAAAAAGGUUUAUAAUGAAAACCCUUGCUCUUAUUUUCUAUCCUGAAUUCUAAUUAUGUUUAUUAGUUUGUUAUAUAUCCUUCCAGAGUUUGUACAAAUACCAGUUAAAAAAAUAUAUAUAUAUAUUUACACACAAAAGGUAGCAUGUAAUACACACUGUUCUGUUCCUUGAUUUUUUUUGCUUGGCAUGGUGGUCAGGCACUGUUCUAGGUAUCUUAGUAAAUGUUAAUUCAUUUACUCUUCAUAACUACCUUAUGACUCAGGUAUUAUUAUUAGCUCUGUUUUAUUGUUAAGGAAACUGAGGUAAUAGUAGAGAGAGGCAGCGUAGAGCUUAACUAACUUGCUCAAGGGCACACAGCCAGUAAGUGGCAUAGCUGAGAUUCCAAGCCAGACAGGGUCCGCAGAGUCCCAGUCCCUCAGUGCUGUGCUGGACUGCCCCUUGGAGAGCUUGCCAUGGUCCACAGAGAGCUCUGUCAGACGCGGCACCGUAUUCUGCUAAAUGGAUGUACCAUACUUUAUUUCAUCAGCCCCUUUUGUAAUGGAUGCCUGGGUUGUUUCCAAUCAUUUGGCAUUAUGAGCCGUGCUGAAACAAAUAGCCAUGGGCAUUUUGAAUACGUGCAGGUAUAUCUGUUGAAUACAUUUCCAAUAGUGGGAUUGCUGGGGGAAGGGUGAAUGUCAUCUGCGACUUUGCUACAUCCUGAUGUACUGCCCACCAUGAGUUGGACCACUUUACACAUCCAGUGAAGGGCCCGUUACUCGCAGCCUCUCCAGCAGAUUAUGUUAUUAAACUUAUGAAUUUUUGCCAAAUUAAUGGGUAAAAAAUAUCUCAGAAUAAUUAAUUUGCACAUCUUUUAUAAUGAGUCAGUCUGAGCAUCCUUUUCUAUGUUCAAGGACCAUUCGUCAUUGUGUUUUAUGUGGACUGUCUAUACAUAUCCUUUGUCCAUUUUUCUCUUGGGUUUCUGGCCUUGUUCUUACUGGUUUCUAGGAGCUCAUGGUAUAUCACUGCUAAAUCUUCUUUUUUCUUUCUUGGCAUGGCUUUUUCUGUCUCCUGCCUCUAAUUUUUUUUUUUUU